AUGUGUCUGGAUAACAAUAACAAAUUGUGGGAUGUCAUAUGCGAGGAGGCUGUCAUUUUGCUCCAUUGUUGGUCACCGCUUGGUAUGGGGGCUAUGGAAGAUGAGAUAUAUGGGUCAGAUGAUGAUGGUGAUUUAGAAGCAGAACUAGCAGAGUUAAUGGGGGGAGGUGGCCCAAAGAAAGUGGCACCAAAACGUAAAGGUAAUAUGGUAAAUUUAAGUAUGAUCGAUAAAUUAGCAGCUGAUACUAUGAAAUAUAUUGAUGAUGAUGUUGAUGUAUCUGAUACUGAGGACCCUGAUUUAUUGGCUGAACUACAAGAAAUAGCUGAUGAAGAUGAUGAUGAUGAACCAGCACCGAAACAAUCCAACAGAGCACCAGAUGUAGUUCCUCCUGUACAACCUAGAUCACAACCUGUACAACCAUCAUAUCAACCAACUGUACAAUCAUCAACACAUAAACCAGUACAGCCACCCCCCUCUAAUGAUAUGAUUUUCAUGCCAACAACUAGUGGAGCAACAGCAGGACAUGUUGAACCCUCUACAUCCCAUAAUACUAGUACCCCGCCUGCUAUAGAUAAAGAGACCCACCGAAUGUUGGCAUCACGAAGAGAUCAGUAUAAACAGGCAGCGUUAAAAUCUAAACAUAGUAACGACAUCGCCACGGCUACUAAAUAUGUUAAAAUAGCCAAGCAAUUUGAUAUGGUUAUAAAAGCUUUAGAAGAAGGAAAGGAGAUAGAUUUAAGUCAGAUGCCACCCCCUCCCCCACAAGAUGUAAUCAUUGAAAAAUCUGCUCCACCAUCACAACCUCCAGUACAGAGAGCAGCAAUGCAGGCAGCACCAGAAAAACCAUCAGCUGAUAAUCUACCUGAAUUACCUACUGCUACUAAAGAAGAAGAGAAAGCAAUAUUUGGAGCACCAGACGAGCCUAAAACAGUGAUGGAAGCUUUAGAACAAAGGUUAGAGAAAUAUAAAUUUACAGAAGCACAAGCUAAAAAAGAUGGUGAAAGUGGAAAGGCGAGAAGAAUGGGGAGAAUUGUUAAACAAUAUCAAGAGGCAAUCCGAGCUCAGAAAGCUGGUAGAGCUGUAGAUUAUGAAGAAUUACCAACUCCUCCAGGUUUUGCACCAAUUCCUGUGGGUAAACCAUCGCCCUCGAAAACAUCCCCACAGAAACCAGCCCCCAGCAGUACAGCUGGUAGUAGUGGGGGACCUGGGCAGCAACCAGCAGCAAGUAAACCUCCAACACAUGGUGCUGUGGGUGGGACAGCACCCUCAAAUCCUGGCCCCUCCCUACAGCCCCAGCCACCAGAUAGAUCUGUCUCGCCUCGGAAAUCAACGUCAAAUAUACAUCAUGAUAAAUCACCUGGUCAGAUAACUAACAGAGGAGAAUCUGUAAGAAAGAGUCAUUCUAAAGCUGAUCAUCAAUUAGUCUUUUUAAAAGAGAGAUACGAAGAAUUUAAAACGUGUGCUUUAAACGCCAAGAAAAAUAAUGAUUUAGAAUUAGCCAAGAAAUAUCUUAGAAUAAUGAAGGGUUUAGAGCCAAUGAUACAAGCAGCUGAAUGUGGUUUACCAGUUGACUUAUCUCAGGUACCGAAAUCACCGAACAUGCCUGACUCUGAUGACAAGUUUACGAUCGUGUCACCAGAAGACUGUGUACCUACAGGAGACAGGACAGAAGUUUAUCAGAAAUUGGAAGAAAAUCUUAUACAACAGAUUCGGACGUGUGUAACAAAUGGUCAACAUUAUACUAAACUAGAUUAUGAAGAGAAGAAGCUAGAUACGUAUGUUACAUACGACUUUCCUUUUCCUACAGAACAGAGUCAAACAGAUCAUUCUGAAACUUUUAAAGGUAGUAUCAACCCAGAAUAUCAAGAACAUUUUCGAAUCCAGAUAGCCAGAAAAUCUCGGUCGUUUAUUCGAGUUAUAGAAAGAAAAUCUAUCAAGUUAGAUGUUUACUAUAAACGGGGUUUUUUUAAAAGUGAGAAGUUAUUAGGAAGUAUUAAUAUUAAAUUACAACCAUUAGAAAGUAAAUGUGAAAUACAUGACAGUUAUGAUUUAAUGGAUGGAAGAAAAUCAGUUGGAGGGAAAUUAGAAGUUAAAAUGAGAAUUCGAGAUCCUGUUAAAAGUAAACAAGUUGAAGAAGUGAAAGAGAAAUGGCUGAUAAUUGACCAGUUUUUAAGAACGGCUGCCUCCAAGAGUCAUGUACAAGCACCAAAACCAAAGAAUGAAGGUUCAACAAGUAUGGAAGUUUUAAAAUUUGAAAAACAACAGCUAGAUAAACAGAUUGAAGCUUUAAAAGACAGUUUAACAGAACUACAAACUCAGACUUUAAAACAGAAGAGUUCGUUGUUACUAGAAAAAGUUGAAUUACAACAGAAAUAUUUACGUGAAGGUGGAAAGGGUGCUAUUAAAGAAUACUUGUUACUGUUACAAAAAGAAAUCCCAGCAUUUUCUCAGGAAGCUGUUCAACUGACGAAAGUUGGUGAAAUUCAGAAAGCUCAGACUAUGUUAAUGAAGAAGAAAUUGGCUGAAAAAGAGCUGACAGUCUUUAAAUCUAAAUUCCCAGAUAUCUAG